UUUUGGCCUCGUGCUCUCCCUGUAGUAGUGACGUCACUCACAGCGCUAGGUCACAGCACUCCGUAAUCCACCAACAGUACAAGCCGGUGAGACGCUACCGGCCGGGGCAGAUCUCCCGGCUAAUAGGCUGACUGGAACCACGGACUUCUGAAAACUACUCCAAGCACAAAAAGCAAGUACAACGGGACAAGCUCCAUACUAUCAAGGACGCGGACUUACAGCUUUGCAGGAUUUAUAAGUGGAGACAAGAACUUCACUCUGGGCAGAGAUUCUGAGUACAUUCAGGAUUUUAGGGUUGUGCAACUACUGAUCUUCCAGCACUUGGCUCUGUUAACAGCAAGGGCAAUGCCAUUAGAAUGCAAUGACAGCAUAACCUCCGUCAUGUCACAGAUCCACUCACAAAUAAUGAAUAUGCACUUGAAAGCCAAGGAACUCUUUGACACUUAUACCCACUAUCAGAAGUUCACGCCUCAGAAUAUUCCCCACCUGUGUCAUACAGAACUCAGUGAAUUUCCUAAAAUCAGUUUAAGUAACAGCGAAGAGGAUAAACUCAGUGAUUUGUACAAGAUCUUUCUUUACAUGAAAACAGCUAUGGGAAAUAUUACACAGGAACAAGAAAUGCACCAAAAUCCCAACAAUAAGUAUUUGCGAAAACAGCUAAAUGAAAGCAAAGGAGAGAUAGCAGCUGUUAUUUCAAACUUGUCUUGUGUCCUCAACAAAAGGAAUAGAGUACCUACAGUAGAUAAGUACUACACAAUGAAAUCAAAAAGCACAAUAAUAAGGAAAACUAAGGGAUGCAAAGCGCUUUACAAUUAUGAGCACUUCUUAAUAAAAGCAGCAAAAAUCACAAGUGACUGGGGAAAGAAUGAGGAAUAUACUCAUGACCCUUCUUCAGAUAAACAAACACCAGAAAACAGGUAAAUGAAGCCAACAGACUAAAUGCUAAAGUCUUCUCUCCCCUUCUAUUUGCUAAGCAGAAUCAAAUACACUCAACAAGCCGAUGGUCAGCAUCAGAGGACUGUGGAUUAUUGUGACAUUUUUGCCUCCAGCUUUGAGAACAAAACUACUUUAUUUCCCAGCUUUAGAUUGAAAUCCUAAUGUGGCAAUCGACUUUGAAUACUGUGUGACAUUUACUGUCAGAAUAGAUGACCAUGGAAAACUGGAAUAUACAAAGAACAAGAUGGAACAGGGUUGGACAAUAGACCAUAGGGCACAUGACACAUUCUGUUUGAAUACAAAGAAAUGUAGAAAAUGAAUGGCUGAAAUUUAGUUAAAAAAUGUUAUUUAUAUAUUUAUUAUUUAACAAUACUUUUGAUAUUUAUAUGAAGAAACUCCAAAUGGUGAGUUUUAGUUCUCUUUUCAACUUGAAAAGUAUUGUCUUCUGUAUGGAACAGAAAUGUUAUUUAAAUCUCAUUAUUUAUUAUUUAUUUAUUAAAUACAGGUAUUUAUUUUGUAUGGCUCUUUUGUUUAUAAUGUGUUACACCACAUGCUUAAUAA